AUGGCAGAUAUUCGUCAGAUGUUUCGACAAAUUCUCAUUCACGAAGACGAUAGAAAAUAUCAAAUGAUAGUUUGGCGCAAUGAGCCGAAUGAAAUACUAAAAUACUACCUCCUGAAUACAGUGACAUAUGGCACAUCAUCUGCUCCCUUCUUAGCCACCAGAUGUAUCGUUCAAUUAGCAGAUGAAGAAGAGGCUCAAUUUCCUAAAGCAGCACAUGCGGUUUUAAAUGGAGUCUAUGUAGACAAUUUCAUGACAGGAGCUAAUGACCUCUCAGAAGCUAAUCAACUUAAGAAAGAUAUCAUCUCAAUCUUAGCAAAAGGGCAGUUUGAACUCAGAAAAUUCUGUGCUAAUAACGACCGACUUUUAGAUGACACUCCAGAAGAACAUAGAGAGCCCUUUGUGAUCAUAAAUAAUUCCGAGACAGUCAAAACUUUGGGAUUGACCUGGCAACCACAGGAAGAUCUUUUCAAAUUAAAUUAUGUACCCGAAUUUCACAAUCAGACUUCCAAAAGGACAGUGCUCUCUGAUCUAGGUAAGAAUUUCGAUCCUCUUGGCUUAAUCGGUCCAAUCGUCGUAAAAGGUAAGUUGUUCAUGCAACAGCUCUGGAAAUCUAAACUAGGAUGGGAUUCACCACUACCAGAGGAGCUUAGCCUUCAAUGGGAUCGCUACAUUCAGCAGCUAAAUGAAGUCAAAUUCUUGUCCUGCCCUCGGCAUCUUCUUGGUCAAUCAGAAUAUGUUGACAUCCAACUACAUGCAUUCUCGGACAGCAGCGAAGCCGCAUACGGAACGUGUUGCUAUUUACGUUCACUAAGUCGUUCAGGCGAAGUAAACUGCCAGCUCAUAUGCUCCAAAUCACGCGUUAGUCCAAUAAAGUCGACAAGCCUACCUAGACUAGAGCUCCAAGCAGCAGUCAUGAUGGCCGAGUUAGUUGACAGGCUAACAAAAAUACUCCAACUCAAGAUCAACGAUAUUUUCUAUCAUACCGAUUCACAGAUUGUUUUAGCCUGGAUUUCCCAACCAUCAUACACAUGGGUUACAUUCGUCGCCAAUAGAGUAGCCAGAAUUCAAGAACUCUCACAAGCAGAGCAAUCGAGACAUGUUUAUGGAAAAAUGAAUCCGGCAGAUCUGAUCUCAAGAGGUUGUACAGCUGAUACCUUACAAUCAUCAUCUCUCUGGUUCCAAGGACCAAGCUUCUUAAUUUCAAUGCAUGAAAGCUGGCGAGAAACAGCAACAAUCAGCUCUUUUGAAGAAAUCCCGGAAAGAAAAUCAUCCAACAAGGCGCUCACCGCAGCACAUCCGCAAUACUACAGCAUAAUGCAAAACGUAAAAUACAACGAUUCACUCCCAAAACUUGAGAGAAUAUUCGCUUACGUAUAUCGUUUCUACAAUAAAGCACGAAAAAUUCAAACUACUGCGGUGCUUUCAACUCUUCCCACUGUGGAGGAAAGUAAUCACGCCCACAACGGCUUAAUCAUAAAUAUGCAGCUUCUUGAAUUCAAAAAUGAAUUCAAUCGCCUUCAAAAUUCUGAACAAGUUGAACAAACUAGUCGUCUUCGAAAUCUUUGCCCAUUUAUAGCCAGAGAUGGCUUGCUCAGGUCGCUUCAUGCAGCUCCACAGGCACUUCUCGGUAUAAUUCGUCAAAGGUACUGGCCUCUAGAUGGACUAAACAUGGCUCGUCGAGAAUUCAAUAAAUGCCAACGCUGUUUCCGUGUCAAACCAAAAUCAGUAGAGCAGUUUAUGGGCAAUCUUCCACCAGAACGGGUGUCACCAGAAGGUCCAUUCCUGACCACUGGCGUUGACUUUUGUGGCCCCUUUAAACUACGCUACCAGCCAAGGGCUCGAACAAUCAUUAAAGGAUACAUCGCUGUCUUCGUCUGCUUCACCACGAAAGCAGUCCACUUAGAAGCAGUCGGAGAUCUAACUACAGCCUCAUUCAUCGCAGCACUCCGACGAUUUAUCGCCCGGCGCGGCCUCUGUCGUACAAUAUUCUGCGACAACGCAACCAACUUUGUCGGCGCCCGAAACGAGCUCAAAGAACUAGCGAGAUUAUUCGAUAGUGAAAGCCUGAUACAGAUUAAGGAAAUCUGUCGAGUGGACCGAAUCGAGUGGCGUUUUAUUCCUCCAAGGUCACCUCAUUUUGGCGGUCUCUGGGAGGCUGCCGUCAAGUCUGCAAAGUACCAUUUCAUUCGAGUAGCAGCAAAUGCGAUUCUUAACUAUGAAGAACUAAACACUCUCACCGCUCAAAUCGAAGCAAUUUUGAACUCGCGUCCAAUUACACCGCUCUCAUCAUCACCGAAUGACCUGGAACCACUCACUCCAGGCCACUUUCUCAUAGGACGUCCGUUGACAUCCAUACCAGAACCCUGCUUACUAGAUGCUAGUAUCUCGAGGCUCACCAGGUUUAGACGGUUGCAACAAAUUCAGCAACAAUUUUGGAAACGCUGGUCUCGAGACUACCUCCUUAGCCUACAGGAACGCACCAGGUGGUACAAAAAAUCUGAAAUUCUCGAAGCAGUUACAAUCGUUCUCAUACAUGACGACAACUUACCCCCAUACAAAUGGCUUAUGGGACGAAUCCUCAAGACUUUCCCUGGCUCUGACGGCAUCGAACGUGUGGCUGAAGUCAAAACCAAACUUGGCAUCUAUAAACGAACAGCCAAUAAACUCUACCCACUUCCGAUGUAA